AUGAAGCCCUCCCUCUUUUCAUUCCUCGCUAGCCUUGUGUAUCUUGCUCUGUCACAGUCCAUAUUCCCUGCCAAAGUAGACUUUGGUUUCGACGACCCAUUCAUAAUCAUGGCUGCUACUACCUGCGGGAGCAUACUAUCCCCUACGUUCCCCGAGUCAGGCGAUAUCCCGGCUUUCCCGCGUCUCGGCGCUACGGCGUUCAUAACUAGCUCGGACACAUCAGCUUGUGGCACCUGCUGGAGACUCUCACAGGAAGGACGCGAUGAACCACAUACAUUUGUGUUCAUGAUCAAUCCUGCGGCAGAGGGCUUUCUUAUCUCCGGGACAGCCUUUGAUGACCUGACUGGUGGAGAUGACGAUCCUAUUUACGUUGAGGCUACUCAGGUGGAUAACACAUUUUGUAACGUUUUGCCAGGGAAGAAUUAA